AUGUCUAUUGGAGGAAGAGUGACACUUAUUAAUUUGGUUCUUAAUGCUAUUUCUUCUUUCACUUUCUCCUUUUACAAGGCACCAAGGACGGUUAUAAAAGAAAUUAGAAGCAUCCUAAGAAAUUUUUUAUGGAGCAGCAAAGCGAUUAAGAAAAGUAUUCAUUGGGUGAAAUGGGAAACGGAUUCUAUUUGGUGGAGGGACGUAAUUAAUAACGAUGGGAAGAAUGACUUUAACGAGGAAGGUUUCACGGGGUGUGUUCGUAGUACAAUUAAAAAAGGUAACCUUGUUCCUUUUUGGUUUGGUUUAUGGUUAGGAGAUCAAAUUUUAUGUGUUAAAUUUCCGGAAUUAUACGACAUUUCGAUUAACAAGUUUUGUGCUGUGGAUGUUGUUUAUUACAGGGAGAAUGAUGAGGUUGUGUGGCAACCAUCAGUAUUGUUUGAGGUUGCGUUUGCACAGCAGCUGCCUGCGGCCAGCAGCACCGUCGCGUUGCAGUGGCAGCAGCUUGUAAACAUGCUGUCUACGGCCAGGCCAGAUCGGGAUGGAGAAGACGGAUUCUCAUGGAGACCGAAUCAUGGUGGUGAAUUCACGGUGGCUAGUCUGUCGUUGUUGAUUGCCGAAAGUAAGGAGAUUGCUUGGUUAGCUUCAAAGAUGAUUUUGUUGAAGGAGGCGUGGAAAUCCAUUGUUCCAAUCAAAAUUCAAAUUUUCAUGUGGAGAAUGUUUAUAUCUAGAUUACCCACGAAAGAUCUGUUGUUCUUAAAAGGAGUUAAUUUUAUUUCCUCAAAUCUUUUAUGCGAGUUUUGUAGGUGUCAAUUGGAGACUCCUAACCAUUUGUUCUUUCUUUGCUUUGUGUCUAAGGAUUUGUGGGGAAAUAUAUACUCAUGGAUGGGGGAAGAUCUUCCUUUCACAUUAGAGGAGGUCUUGGAUUUCGGUAUCAUACAAGAAAAGGUGAAAAGUGCGAAUAUAAGGAAGAAGAUUAACACAAUUUGGUUCGCUACUUCUUGGUGUAUAUGGAUUAUGCGAAAUGCAAUAAUCUUUGAUAAUGUUUCUUAUAGUUUUGAUAAGGUCUAUUUCAAUAUUUUGUAUUUUUCUUGGAGUUGGUUAGCUAGUUCUAAUCCGCUUUCGCCUCCUAGUUUCUAG